AUGGCAUCAAUUGCAGUUGAAACAUCACGACUUGCACAAGCACUAAUUAGAUAUUGUGUUGAAAAUAAUGUGCCAGUUCCAAGGUUAGAUUAUGGUCAUGGUUGUGCAAGAAAUUUAUUUAUCGCAAUCUGCUGCCGCAAUCGCCGUGGAAAUCCAUCUGGACCUAAAAAAGAGCUCUUUGUACAAUUGAAAAAAGCACGUUUGGCUAGGAAAUAUGACGAAUUUAGGACAUUCCAUAAUUUUGUUCUUGCUGUUAUAGAGGAUAUUUGA